AUGGAGGAAAAGAAGACGAAGAAGAGCCUGGUGGGAUCCCUCGUAUCGAUUUUCCAGCACGCAGAUGGAGUUGACAAACUGUUGAUGCUCAUCGGCUUCUUAGGAGCUGUUUGCGACGGCCUAGCGCUUCCGGCAUCAGCAUUCACCAUGGGUAGACUCGUAAAUGUCAUUGGAACUUCGGAAUCAUUACCAAGGGGCGCUCAACGACAAGAAGCUAUGAGCCUCAUUAACAAGAAUUCGCUUGCUUUCUGCUACAUAGCAAUUGGGCAGGGGAUUGCUUGUUUUCUUGAGGGUUAUUGCUGGGCAAGAACAGCAGAGAGGCAAGCGUCCAGCAUGAGAACGGCAUAUCUGAAAGCGGUGCUUAGACAAGAAAUCGCCUACUUCGACUUACGAUCUACAGAUACAUCCGAGGUCGUUGCCACUAUUUCCAACGAUAGUCUUGUCAUCCAGGAUUUUAUCAGUGAAAAGGUACCAUAUUUCGUGUCGAACCUAUCGUCGUUUGUAGGGGCUUACAUUGCAGCUUUCUUCAUACUCUGGAGACUAACCGCUGUUGGAUUGCCAUUCCUUGUGCUUCUGAUAAUGCCGGGUGUGGUGUACGGGAGAAUUCUGAUGGGCAUUUCCAGAAGGUUGAGGGAAGAAUAUAAUAAGGCUGGUGCAAUCCUGGAGCGAUCAAUCUCUUCCAUCCGAACAGUUUAUUCCUUUGUUGGAGAGGCUAAAACAGUAGCAAAGUAUUCCAAUUCUCUUCAGGGGACGAUUCGAUUAGGGCAACGACAAGGUUUUGCCAAAGGAUUGGCGGUUGGUAGCAAUGCCAUAAUGUACUCAGUUGGGGCUUUCCUGAAUUAUUAUGGUAGUACAUUGGUCAUGUACCAUGGCGCUCAAGGGGGAACCGUUUUUGCAGUUGUAUCUAUCCUAGUUUAUCGAGGAUUAUCAUUAGGUACUUGUGUAUCUAACUUGGAUUACUUCUCGGAAGCCGGUGCAGCAGCUGAACGCAUAAUGGAAAUCAUAGAAAGACUUCCCAAGAUGGAUUCAGACAACAUGGAAGCAGAAAUUUUACAACAUGUUAAGGGAGAUAUUGAAUUUCAGCACGUGCAAUUUGCGUAUCCAUCGCGACCUGACAGCAUCGUGUUGAAGGAUUUUAGUCUUCGAAUCCCUGCUGGAAGUACGACUGCACUUGUGGGAGGGAGUGGCUGUGGAAAAUCAACAUCUAUUGCUAUGCUCCAAAGGUUUUAUGACCCAAUCGGCGGCGAAAUCCUACUUGAUGGGGUACCCAUUCAUAGAUUACAACUCAAGUGGUUAAGGUCACAGAUGGGGGUAGUGAGUCAAGAGCCAGCCCUUUUCGCCACAACAAUUAAAGACAAUAUAUUGUUUGGCAAGGAGAAUGCAUCUCUUGAGGAGGUUAUUGAGGCUGCGAAAGCUUCUAAUGCUCAUGACUUCAUUUGUCAAUUGCCUCAUGGUUAUGACACACAGGUGGGGGAGAGAGGGAUUCAAAUGUCAGGAGGGCAGAAGCAGAGGAUAGCAAUAGCAAGAGCCAUUAUCAGAUCUCCCAAAAUUCUUCUUCUUGAUGAGGCCACAAGUGCACUGGAUUCCGAAUCAGAGAGAGUUGUUCAAGAAACUCUAGAAAAGGUGUCCACUGGACGCACCAGUGUGGUCAUAGCUCACCGUCUGUCUACCAUCCGUAAGGCGGACUUCAUUGCCGUGGUCCAAAAUGGCAAGGUUGUGGAGGCCGGCUCGCAUGACGAGCUCAUUGAAGACACUGGCGGUUUGUAUACCUCCCUAGUCCGUCUACAAAAUACCAAAACGGACACCCAAUUUGCCCACAGCAAAACAAAGAUUAGUUCCAGUGCGGCGUUAGCUUCAACAUCCAGUAAUAGUAGGCCUAGUUCUGCUAGCACCGUUGCCACUACUACUCAUCAGGCUAAGCAUGGUGCGGUUUCAGGGGAUCGAGCUCCCUCCGUUGGAAGAUUACUUGCCAUGAGCUCGCCAGAAUGGAAACAGGCGUUCGCAGGCCUCAUAAGUGCAAUACUAGUUGGCGCAAUCCCACCAAUGUAUGGUAUCGCAAGGGGAGGAAUGGCAUCGGUGUAUUUCCUACACGAUCAUGAAGAGAUCAAGAAAAUGACAAAAAUAUAUUGUAUCCUUUUUGUGUCAUUGACACUGUUCGCAAUCCUGAUUAACAUAUGCAAGCAUUUUAACUUUGCAUCAAUGGGGGAGAACUUGACCGCUAGGAUCAGAGAAACUUUGCUCUCAAAGAUCCUCACUUUUGAAAUAGGUUGGUAUGAUCGUGAUGAAAACGCAACUGGCACCAUUUGCUCCAGAUUGGGAAAAGAUGCAGCUACCGUAAGGUCAUUAAUGAUAGAUCAAAUGGCACUUCUCGUCGAAACAUUUUCGACAGUGACCUUAUCCUAUGUGAUGGGGUUCUUUAUUUCAUGGAGGCUAGCUUGGGUGCUGGUAGUUGUUCAACCACUGGUCAUUUUUUCCUUCUACAUGAAGCAUGUACUCCUCAAAACGCUGACGAAGAAAGCCAUCAAAUUCCAAGAAGAAAGUAGCAAGAUUGCAGCUGAAGCAGUCACAAAUAUUCGGACAGUUGCCUCAUUCAAUGCUCAAGCUCUAAUCCUUCAAAUAAUGGAGAAAGCCCAAGUAGGUCCCCGACAAGAAAGUAUUCGACAAGCAUGGUUUGCUGGAAUCGGCCUCGCCACAUCUUCGGGUCUCUUGAGGUUAUGUUGGGCUCUUGAUUACUGGUACGGGGGUAAGCUCGUUGUUGAUGGGUCUCUUAGAGCAAGAGGUUUCUUGCAAUCCUUCAUGAUUUUGUCUGAAACGGGUCGUGUCAUUGCCAAUGCCGGAAUAAUGACAAAAGAUCUAACUAAAGGAUGGGACACCAUAAGUUCUGUAUUUGCUAUCCUUGACCGCAAGUCGUUAAUUGAACCAGAGGAUUCGGCAGGGCAUAAGCCCGACAAGGUCAGGGGGCAGAUUGAGUUACUUGACAUCGAUUUUGCUUAUCCCACAAGGCCUAGUGCCAUGAUCUUUAAAGGAUUUUCAAUCAAAUUUGAACCAGGGAAAUCAACCGCAUUGGUGGGAAAAAGCGGGUCAGGGAAAUCAACUAUAAUCUCCUUGAUUGAAAGGUUCUACGAUCCACAAAAAGGCAUUGUGAUGAUUGACAAUCGGGAUGUGAAAUCUUAUCACUUGAGAACAUUAAGACAACACAUUGCACUUGUAAGUCAAGAACCUGUCCUGUUUUCCGGUACCAUACGCCAAAAUAUCACAUAUGGUGCAGCAGCAGAUGUAGGCGAGUCAGAAAUCAUCGAGGCAGCCAAGGCAGCCAAGGCUCAUGAUUUCAUUACAGGAUUGAAAGAUGGGUAUGAUACGUUCUGUGGGGAUAAUGGUUCGCAAUUAUCAGGGGGUCAAAAACAGCGAAUUGCCAUAGCUCGCGCUACACUAAAGAACCCAACAAUAUUGCUGUUAGAUGAAGCAACAAGCGCGCUGGAUAGUCAUUCCGAGAAGGCCGUAUUGGAAGCACUUGAGAGAGCGAUGGUAGGAAGGACAAGUUUGGUUGUGGCACAUCGGUUAAGUACGAUUCAGAAUUGUGACACAAUUGUAGUUUUGGACAAAGGUGAAUUGGUGGAGAAAGGCACUCAUUCUUCUUUGAUGGCUAAAGGUCCGGAAGGAGCAUACUUUUCUCUUGUUAGCCACCAAACAACCGAGGAGUAA